AUGUUUAGAUCGCGUAUCAACCUCAUUUUUAUCUCGUUUCAUAAACUCCCCAAUCAGUUCCAUACUUCAUCCAACAAAGUGAGAAGCUUGGCGAAAAUUCCCGUUAGUCCAGUAACAUAUCAAGUUUUUUUAGGUGGACUUUCUUGUGGAAUUUUUGCAAUUGCUUGGAUUUCAAAGUCUAAGAAGCCGCGUAUCAUUACACUAGAGGAACUUUCUCAGCAUAACUGUAAGGAACGUGGAGUUUGGGUCUCUCUUAAAGGUAAAGUGUACGAUGUUACAAGUUUUGUUGACGAUCAUCCUGGGGGUGACAAAAUUCUUUUGGCUGCUGGAUCUGAUGUCUCUUCAUUUUGGUCCGUUUAUGCAUUUCACUACCAGAGUCAUGUCUUGAAAAUACUAGAGAAGUACUAUAUUGGAGAACUUGACAAAUCGGACUUUGUCGAAGAAGAAGACAAUGAAGAUAUAUAUAGUUCUGAUCCUCAGAGAAAUCCGGAUUUGAAAGUGCUUUCACAGCGUCCUUUCAAUGCGGAAACUCCUCUCUCAUCAAUAUGUAGCAACCCAAUAACUCCUACUGAUUUAUUUUUUGUAAGAAACCACCUUCCUGUUCCUGAUGUUGAUCCCGAGACAUAUAGACUUGAAAUAGCUUCUUCGGUUAUAAAAGUUAACAAUCAACCACUGAAUUUGUCUUUAAAAUUAGAAGAUAUUCUAAAGAAUUAUCCUCGUAAAAGUUUAGUAUCUACCAUUGUUUGCGCUGGGAACCGACGAUCAGAUAUGAUCAAGUAUGAUAUAAAAAAGGCUGAAUUAGAAGAACGUAGUCCUUAUGUGAAAGGCUUAUCGUGGUCUGAGGGAGCGAUUUCUACGGCAGAGUGGACUGGUGUACCGUUAGUGGACCUAUUGGCUUAUCAUCUGUUGCCUUCAAACCAAAGAACAAACUAUCAAGCACUCUACGAAUUGCUUAAAAAUGCAGGUGUACGUCACAUUCGAUUUGAUGUGGGUCUUGAAGAUGCCAUGGAUAUGUUUCUGCAGUCAGUGGACUUGUCUAACGAUAUUGAUAUGGGUGAAUUCGACUUUGCAUUAAAAGCUUCAGAGCUCCUAGAAAACUCAGACAGUGAUAGUGGAAUAAGCGUUGCAGGGGAAAAGCAACCAAUAAACCAAGAAACUAAUGUACGACCCAACGACACUGGUACUGAUUAUGUUCUGACUGAUGUUGUCGAUGCUACAACACGUGUGUCCGACAUUUUGCAUGAAAAUAACAAACAUUGCGGGGUUCAGGUGAAUGGUUUGUCAAAGAGCAUACCUAUCGAUAGACCGGGCUCUAAUUCUACUAUUCCUAAAUUUAAAAGGAUUAUUAUAAACUCUGUCGGUGAAAAACGUUUACUACACAGCUCUUUGGUAAAGCCAUACUUUUCAGCUUCCUAUCCUCAGAGAGUAAAUUCUGGUGUUGGUCACAAUUUGGCUGUAUCAAGUGUACUGCAGCCGCCGGAGCAUUCUGGUGUCACAGUAAAAACUGUGCCUUCUAGUGUUACUCCGUCGUUUGAGUCCUCAAACACAUCUCCGGGAUCUUCUGUGAAUUCACCUACUAAAUCAAGCAUGGAUUGCCGUUCAUUAGACGAGUUUUUUUCCGCAGUAAAUGGGGUAACUGAAAUUUAUGAAUACUGUAGAAACCCGACUCCUUCAGAUCCUUCACUAUGGCAGCAUUCAAAAAAUAUCCCGAGUACAUCAUAUCCUGAUUCUGUUUUCGGGAGCAGUUCUCAAUUCUCACCAACGUCAUUUCUUGAUGUGCAAGAUUUUUCAGGACCUAACGAAUCCAUCAUAACCCAGACUGACUUGGAACGCAUACGUAAAAAGCAAGAAAGAAUGGUGAAAAAUAGACAAGCAGCAUGUCUAAGCCGGUUACGUAAGAAGGAGUACCUAGAAAGAUUAGAAAUGAAGUUCGAGCAGCUAAAACGUGAAAACCUUUUACUUUGGCGCCAGAAUGAAGAGUGGCGUGCACGAUGUUUCCGUUUGGAACGUUGUAUUGAAGAUUUACAGUCACGGCUUCCAAGCUCUAUAAAUUCAGAAAACCUAACUGUUAAAUCUCAGUCGUUUAACGUAAGUUCAGACGAGGCGACAAAUAUUUCUUCACACCUUGACAAACAAAUUACUCCCCGAGAGGCUUGUGGUAAAACAGUUUCUGUGCACACAUUAGCACCACUCAAUGAAGUCACUGUUGGUUUCAAAUCAGAUACUCCACUUAGUCGUCUUCCAAGGUUGUCUGAUCUUGGAAAAAGCAAGACAGUUUCAAUUCAGCAUUUAAAAAAUUGCCAAAACGUAGCUCCCACUCAAAAAACGACCUACUUUACGAGUGUAAAUUCCCCAAGAACGUUCAAAUGGGAUAGUUCUUCAAAGAGAUUGUUACUUACAAGUAAAGUUGAUGUUGAAUCGCAUUCACAAUCUCUAUCACAUCAUUCUCAACUCAAAUCAAUUACUAAAACCUUGAUUUCUCCUCAGCGAAUCGUUCCUACCGUCAGUCAUCGAUCUAAAGUAAUUGCUACCACAAGUUUAUUGGUUAUGUGCGGUCUGUUAGCCGUGAAUAUAGUUCCUUUAUCAGAUAUAUAUUCUGGAGUAAGAUUCUUAUCUUCACAUAGCAUGUCUUAUGAUGGUGGAUCCCUUGCUGCUGGAAAAUUUGCUUUUGGUUAUCCCAGGCUAUGGUCACCUGUGCCACAUUUUCCAACUGGGCGACGUCUUUUAUUAAAUAUUCCACCUACACAAGAAGAAGAUGUUUUAACGAAUGAUAAUUCACUUCAGAACCCCUCAAAUAAUGAAUUUCUAUUUUCUGGAAAAUUUCCAACUAAUCAUUCUACUAACAACUGUGGUCCUAAUAAAAACAUGAGUUGUGCAGAGAAUUCCUUACUUACGGAUUCCAGGCAAAUUUUUCAAGGUUGGAUUAAAAGGCAUGCUGUAUCUACCAGUAAUCAGUCCCGUGUAUACAGGUUACUACUUACUUCAUCUCUUCAUAGUCUAAACGCGUUUGAACACCGACAACAUAUAGUCAGUUCAUCAAAACUUUCACAACAAAAUGUAUUACAUACUCAAAAACCUGCUUUCUUACCUAUGAAACAUUUAAAUAAUUCAUCUUCCGAAUCGAUUUCGCCUUCAAGAAAAGAUUCAUUAGAACGCUAUUCGGCUAGGAAAAUUAACGAUUCUAUUCUGAAUGUUACAACUGAAUCAUUACCGCCCAACUUUCCUCCACCUCAACGUCCUCCAAUAUUGAAAAAAUAUGAUUUGCAGCCUUACAUUCAUCCUGCUGUUCAUGCGUUUGAAAAAUUAUUUAAUAUAGUUAAUCGUCGCAAUGAUACAGCAUACAUUGUUUUUUUAAACCGGGAUCAUUUCCUCCUGCCUUCAGUUGAUCCAUUACCUGCAAAUAUGAAACAGAAAAUAACGUUCCUACUGCCAGCUCAUUCUAUGAUCAACGGAUCGUCUGUUGAUGGUGAAGAUAAUUAUUAUAAUAGUUCAGAUUCCAUUUUAACUGUGCUGCAAUUAGAUUGUGAAAUUACAAAUGCUACAUUAUUACAAUCACCUGUAUAUAAUUCCCAUAAAGAACACUCACCUAAUAACCAUUAAUCAAUUAUUUAUUUAACUCCUUUUUUUUAAAUCCAUCUUUUUCAGCUUUCAUUUAUAUUCGUAAUGAUUAUUUUGUAUAUUUUUUUCCUUCAGUGUUUUCAUUAUAAAAACGUGUUCAUUGUUAAAAAUUUCAUAUCUCAUUUCACUGAAUAAAAAAGUUGGUUGUUUUUUUCUUUCUUUUCGUUUUACCAUAACGUUACUUACAUUUCAAUGAUCCUAAUUUAUGUUAGUAUAGUCCGUGUCCAUUUAUUGAUGAUCAAUUAUAUUGUUCUAUUUUACUUCUUGUAUUAUUGUUUGUUUCCUCCUCUUUGUCAUGAUCAAUUUUCUGUGUUUUGUUUUAUUUUUA